CAGAAAACAAUAUAAAAAUGUGUCUAAGGUUCAGAAGAGUGGACAUGUUCCAGCAGAACAUCUUCUUCACCCUUAAAGGAAGGUCUUCCUACGCCACUGUCCCGGGAGCUCUGGUGUCCCUGCUCGCGAUGAUUGUUUUGGCGGCAUAUGGAGGAGCCUUGGUGUUGAGAAUGGUCAAACGGAGGGAAGUCAACUGGAGCACCAAUUCAUAUUUCAAAGAUCUUAAAUAGUGAUGAUAGUAUGUUAGAGCUCGAUGAUAAUCAUCCAAAAAUAAUGCUAAAUUACCGUUUUGAAGAGCCUGAUUCUUUUCCUAAAGAAAUCGAUCUUCCAGGUUAUUCUCAAUAUGUAACAACAACCAAUAAUAAUUACAAAUUCAAGGGGACUUAUUUCUCAAACGGAAGACCCAUCCUCGAAGGGACUGACAGAAAUUCGGAGAUUAAUAACUUAUUUUAUAAUUGCACAAAAGAAUUUGAUUCCAAUCUCAUAAAUCGAGAUACGAUGCUGAGCGAUGUCAAGUUUCUUUGUCCAAAUUACACAAACUUUCAGUACUCAGGAAAUGAACUUAACUCAAGAAGCCAUUACUUAUCUAUCACAAGAAUAACCCCUUGAAGAUAUAACUGUGUUGAUCUUUCAACUAAAGAAUGGAAUGCAAUGUCAAAGAAGAGUCGUCUUAACUUUUACAUGAAGAAUAAAUAUGUAGAUCUUAACGACAUCGACAACCCGAUUAAAUACAGAACAACAAACUACAAUUUCUACAAUACUUCAGAAGGAGGAUUCACUAUGUAUUUUAAGCUGGUCAAGAAUGAAGUAAUCCUAGAAGACUCGUAUUGGCCGACCUGGCGAAUAUGGACAGAGCCGAACCCAAUUGUAUUCUAUACAUUGGAACUACAUCAUGGCUCAGCUUUUCAUGAAAAGCAGUUCAAAAUUGUGAUCGAAACGGGAGACGAAGUCAGACAAUAUAGGAGGAAAUUCCUCUCCUUUCUAGAAGUGACAGGAACCAUCGGAGGUAUCUUCGAACUCAUUGAGAUCAUAUUUGGCUUUGCCAUUGGGAUCUAUUCUUCAUACAUGUUCAAGCGAGACCUUACGAAGUACCUCGACCAAGCUAGUCAUGAAGUGGAGCAGAUUGAGGGAGUGCUUCACGAAGGUAAUAAUGAACAAUCAAAUACAAAGAAGGAGCCUAAUCAAGCUGAUCAAGAUGAAGAAUCAAAAGAUUUUCAAGAUCAAGUACUCAGAUUUGAUGAAGAGUCUAAACUUUAUGAAAGCUCCAAUAAAAUAAUUCUCCAACAGGUUUCUCCUCAAAGCAAAAAUUCUUGUAAAUAACAAUGAUGGGAUGAGACAAAAAGAGUCUUCAACUUCCAAACAUAAAUCCAUCCACGAGAAACUAAUGCCUUUUGAAUCUGAGAAGUUUCUCGAUUACGAUUCAUUCAAAAGCAACCUCGACUGAGUUCAAAUUAUCAAAGACAUCAAAGUGCUACAACAAAAAGUGGCGUUUCUCAUCGAAACGAGUCCAGUCUUGAAUGGUCAAGCCACACUCACUCAUGCUAAAAAGACACAGAAAUAACUCUGAAGCCAAUAGGGCAGGAGUCAGCAACAAAGGGGCCGCCAAUAUAAACAGGAAUUAUACAAUGGCCACGAAAACUCAAGGGAGAGAUUCAAAGAGAAGUCGAGUGUUUCCAUUCUCAGACUCAAAAACUUGUUCUUCCAAAUAGCAUUUGUAAGCCUCGACUGUUUAAAAGUCCGAGCAAGUUCAAAAGCAGAAUUCUAAACUACAAAGCAGAAGACAGCCAAGAAGAAGAACCUAAAUCUGAUUCCAUAGAUGCAUCCAAAAGCUUUGAUUACCUUUAAGAAUAUUAAUAACACUCGAAGUGUGUUAAUUUACUUUAUCCACAA